AUGUCUACUGGCCAAUGGAAUCUGAUAGAGUCGGACCCUGGUGUUUUCACGGAGCUUAUAGAGAAACUCCACGUGGAAGGUGUCGAGGUUCAAGAGUUGUACUCGCCACUGGCUCUUACGGAACACGCACCGUUAUAUGGGGUCAUAUUCUUGUUCAAAUAUACAGAUAUUGACAGAUCUAGACAGCCUCUGGAUGGUGUUUACCAGUCUCAGCUGUCAACUGAGGCAGAGAGAUCUAGCGAUGUCUUCUUUGCCCGCCAAAUGAUCAACAAUGCAUGUGCUACACAAGCUGUGCUGAACAUUCUAUUGAACAGAGACGAUGUGGAGUUGGGUCCUGAGUUGUCGUCUUUCAAGGACUUUAUCCGCUCAUUUGAUUCCGAGAUGAAAGGUGAGACAAUGACAAACUCUGAACUGAUAAGAACCGUACACAAUUCCUUUUCAAGCCCUAACAUGUUUGAAGACGACCGGGACCGUACGGACAACGAUAAGUCACAGGAUCUAUUCCAUUUUAUUGGAUUCAUCCACAGAGAUGGUAGAAUCUGGGAGCUGGAUGGACUCAGACCAGAGCCGAUAGCACAUGAGUGUUGUUCUUCAGACACAGAGUUCAUCCAAUUGUUGCCUGCUGUAUUACAGAGAAGGAUGAACCACUACCCAUCAGGCGAGCUACAGUUUUCCUUAUUAUCUGUGAUGAAAGACCGUCGUUUGGUAUACGAAGAGGCAGGUGACUAUCAAUCUUUACAAGAAGAGCUAGAUCUACGUGAACGUUGGAAGAUUGAGAAUUCAAUAAGAAGAACAGAGAUGACUGGCUUCGUCUAUGAAACCCUCAAGUUGAUUGCAAAACAUUCAACCGCAGGUGAAUGGAACAACAAACUACUUGAAGCAUCGAAGAGGACUCAGAGUAGAUUAGCGAACUCAAUCUGA